GCUUUAAAUAAGAAUAACAAAGUGAAUCGGAGCUUAGUUCAUUUCAGAUGCCAUUUGAUUGUAUAAAACUGUUCGCAUCACAUUCAAAGCACCGUCAUUAGCCGCAAGAAGCGACGCAUUAUAUGCUGAUAUAGUAAACGUUCAAUAAUCAUCGCAUUUCUAGCCGAGAUCAAGCAUGGGAAAGGAUCAAGAUUUUUUGGAAGCUGCCCGCAACGGAAAUAUUGAUUUUAUAGAAAAAGUACUUAAUCAGAAGGCGAAACGAGCCGGUCCUCUGGCUAGUCUACGCAGAGGUACUGGCGUAAACUGUCAGGAUAGUGGUGGCUACUCAGCUCUUCAUCACGCCUGCCUUAAUGGUCAUGUUGAUAUAGUAAAAUUACUACUGGCUCAUGAGGCUUCACCUAAUUUGCCCGAUAUGAGGGGCUCGUCGCCUCUUCAUUUGGCCGCCUGGGCAGGUGAAGAUGAAAUUGUAAAAAUGUUAUUGGGUCAUCCGUAUCGACCAGCGAAUCCUAAUUUACAGACCAUAGAAAAAGAAACACCGUUACAUUGCGCCGGGCAACAUGGCCAUACAGGCGCUUUGUCAAUACUUCUAAGUCACGACGCAGAUCCGAAUAUGCGAAAUACCCGAGGUGAAACGCCGCUGGAUUUAGCUUGUCAAUAUGGAAGAUUACAGGCAGUACAAAUGUUAAUACGAGCUCAUCCCGAAUUAAUAGCCCCUUACAGCCGUUCCAGUUUAGAAUGCCAAACGAACAAUAAAUCUCGGCAUUCUUCACCCUUGCCUCACUCAAGUUCGAUAUCUACACCUUCACCCUCUUCACCAUCACAACUCCCAUCACCGGCUACACCCACACGCUACGUAUUCCCUCAUACUUGCUUGCACCUGGCCAGUCGGAAUGGCCACAAACCAGUAGUGGAAGUUUUGCUGGCAGCCGGAGUUAGUGUGAAUUUAUUAACACCUUCUGGCUCUGCUUUGCAUGAAGCGGCCUUAUGUGGCAAGGAGUCUGUGGUGAAAACGCUACUUAAAGCUGGAAUUGACCUAAAUGCUACAGAUGCAGAAGAACGAACCGUCUUAGACAUACUUAAAGAGUUUCCGGCACAUGUCACUAAGCAUAUUAUUGAUGUUAUAAAUAAUUUACGUAAUCAAAUGGACACUGAUGAUGGCGAAGACGUAAUUUAUCGUCAUCAACAACAGCCCAAUCAGUCAACAAAACGUAAUCAUAAUUCCAGCAGUCAUUAUCAGAGGCAACAACACAACAACUAUUAUCAUUUCAAUUCGAAUAAUCAUUUAUUAAAUCAUUCUCAUUCCAUGCAACAAUCCUCGUAUAAUGGCAAACAAAGAUUCAGCUCUGGCAAUACGUUCAACGGCGGCGGUAAGUCACUGGACAGUGGUUUACAUUUAGACGAUUCAGGUGGUGGUAAUCGCUUAUAUCAUGAAAUUACAAAUUCACCAAUUAGAAGUCACUCAAAUGCAUCGCAUCAUGAUAUAGCUGUUAGUCCGUCAUCAUCGAUGAGUAGUUUUGAGCCAGCUUCGAUAUCGCCAAGGUCUAGAUGUUCAACAGGAGGAGUAAGCAGCUUCGUUGGUAACGCGCCCAUAUUAAGCAGCUUUGGUCCUGCCGCGCCGCCUAAAAAACCACCCCGACGCAAUCUUUCUGUUUCACCGACUCACACGGGACAAACAUUCAGCUAUACAUCACCCAAUCAUCAACAGCAAUCAACAUUUGGACGUCGGCAGAUGCGUAGUCCCUCAAACGACAGUCCAUACUCUUAUCAAAGUCCCAGCAGUGUGGGAGGAACGAGCUUUGACGAAUCGCAACUUAGCGAUCGCCAAAGGGGAAGUCGUCUAUUUAUCAGUGCCCGGGAGACUACACGCUCAGCAGCAGGAAUAUCAUUAAGCUCAAGUACGGAUAUGUUAGAGAAGCGACAUCACGAUGAAGAUAAUGUGGAAAAUUUAGUGCCAAAUUCCCACGAGGAAAUGACCAAUUCAAUGAAGAGACCGAAACCAACUCCAGGAAAUGUUAACGAUAUCAAGGACACCGUCAAUGCUGAUAGUUCCUUAGCGCUUAAAUCCUAUAACCCAAAUCGAAAAUUGAAAAGGAAUCGUAACAGCUAUUCUCUUUCAACGGGGGAUCAAGAACAAUCCGAUCCUCGCAAUCUAGUACCGCAGAGUCCUACAAACUAUAAACAGCCACCGACGCCCGAUCAUCCCCCGCCAUCUUCCAGUCAGGCGGAGAAAACAAUACACGAGCGCAUACGGCCUCUUAGCCAGGAAUACAAGAGGCGCUCGGCUUUAAUACAUUUGCAAAGACAACAACAACAAAUGAUCGAUAUGGGCACUUCACCAUUGAGGCAUACGAAUUUAUCCAAUAGCUCAAAUUAUGAUUAUGCAUACGUACAGUCGCCUACCAAAUUGAAUGCUAUAUCAAAUUCUACGACCAUUUAUUCUACCAUAGAAUCGGGGGCGAUACGAGGCUCUUCGGGCUCACUCAGUUCCAGCGUGUCAACGUCAGAUCACAGCGCCUCCACAGAUAAUGUUGAAGAGUUUGUGGGGGAUGCUCCGUUUGCAGGCCUUAUAAAAGGAUCAAUAGCUAACAAUCGCAGAUGUGAACCAGCUUAUGCUACAGUAAAUAAACCCCGAAAAACCAGCCCACCUCAAGUUCAGCUGCCACCGUCAAGACCGCAACAGCAAUUACCUCCACAAGGCCAAAUACCAGUUUAUGCAACUAUACAUAAAAAACGAAGCAUCUGCGCAAGCGACCAGCUCCUACAAAAGCCGAGACCACCCAUACCGGCAAAACCUGUAGUACCAGAACGAAGACUUAUUAAAGCUCAACCCCCACAACUACCAAUAUCGUCAAAAAUAUCACCAACCAAACGCGAAACAACGACUAAUAACGCAAACAACGAUGAGGACCAUGUCAUGAAAAAUAGUUGCCCGGAAACAAACGAAGACAAAAUAAGUGUUUCAAAAAUUCCACUGGAAGAGAAAGAUUCAAUCAAGGAUAGCGCACAAACUCAAGAGACAAAUUUAGAAACAAGUGAUAAGCUAAGUCAUCAAAGUUCGUUGAAUAGUUCAUCGAACGAAGAGCAAGCGCAGCAAAACACACAAAAUCACAACGAAAGUUCCAACGAAGAAAGCACAACUACAACGGCUACGACAACAACGUCAACCUCCCACGAAAGCAGUAUUCUAAGUCCUUUCAAUGCAGAAGAAGCACGCAAAAAAAUCUCUGAAAUCAUCGAAUCAUUCGGUAGCGGUAUCUUGAACAGCAACAUAUCACCCACCAAUGACAUAGAUUUAGACUUUGAUGAUUUAGAAAAUCCCACCGAAAGACAAGUUCUUAUAAGUCGUUUACGUUCAGCUGGUCUCUUACAUUUAGAAAGAAUACUGUUCGAGAACGGCUACGAUAACUACAAAUUUAUGAAUGGAGUGUUUGAGAAAGCGGAUGUAGAGGCAUUGCACAUAACCGCUAGCGAUGGCGACAAGUUACUUAAAGUUAUACGGACCUUACCGAAAGCCGAUUUUCAAGCGCAAGCCUCUAUGAAGCAAGAGAAUAAAUCGCUUGGCAUAACAAGUUUAAAUCAAUGGCUUACGAGUAUUCAACUACCCGAGUACAUAGAGUCCUUCAAUAAACAUCUAUACAACACUCUCGAUAGUGCCAGCGGAGUUUGGGAUGUCGAAUUGCAAACCGUUUUGGAAAUUAAUAAACUUGGCCAUCGGAAGCGUAUUUUGCAAUCUAUGGCUUGUAUUAAGCAAAUACGUGAACCCAAAUUAAUUAAUAAUAAAGUUCCAUUAAGUGGAAACGCAGCAACAAUUAGUAAAGGUAAAGACACCGCCCAACGUCACUCGACGACGGGCUACCGCAAAAACAGACCUGCUCCGCCACCUCCCUGUCAAAAGCCGGCACAGCAAACUCCUCAUCAGGCAUCACUACAAAUACGUGCGCCCUGUGAAUUGUUAUUAGAUUUACCCGAUAAUUUACGAACUAAAUGGCGUCACUCAGCAAAUGCUUUGCUCAAUGGACAAAUUAAAUAUGAAGUUUAUUAUUUAGGCUCAACGGUUGUGAAAGAAUUGCGUGGCACAGAAUCGACACGCAAAUCAAUACAGAAACUUAAGCAGGAUGAACAACAAACCACAGCUACCAAUAUGUUAACGUCUUCCGUGCCAGAAACUAAUGCUGCCCGUAAUCAAUCAUUUCAAAAUCACAAGAGAAUUCUUGUAACUCUGGCCAUAUCGUUUCGUGGCGUCGAAUUCUUGGAUAUCAAUACAAAGAAUACCAUUUGUGAACACGAGAUACAAAACAUUAACUGUGCUUGCCAGGACGCCGAAGAUAUGAGAUACUUCGCGUAUAUCACUAAAGAACGAGAUAUACACUACUGUCAUGUUUUCUAUGGUGAAAAUAAGGAUCUGGCUACUGAGAUAAUAUUGACAUUGGGACAAGCCUUCGAGGUAGCUUAUCAAUUGGCUUUGCGUGACGGCAUUAUUAACACACCUUUAGCCACCUUGAAUAGCGGCAUUUUACAUGGCCUUGAACUUGCCGCCACGAACCAAGUUAACCAAUAGAACUCAAGAAGUAAGAAGACUAAAUAAAUAUUCCACUCAUUGAUUUGAAAUUGUUUCAAUGUUUUCUUUUUCAAUUUUUGUUGCAAUCGAUACACACAACACACAGUACAGUACAGAUUUACUUACUUACUUACUUGCUUACUUGCAAUAUGAAUAUUUUAGUUUUUAGAUAAUUCGAAAGAAAACGAUGAGACACGCGCAGUGAUUCUAGUCACACAAUCAUAAAUUCGUUCAAAGUAAAUAAGAAUAUAAUUUUAGUUAGUGGCGAGCAGGUAGUUUCAAUACAAAGUUUCUUCUUAAAAUGACUCGAAGAACAUUUUCUAAAGAAAAUAUUUUAAGCAUUUUUUUUUUUUUUAUAUUACGUAAUAUAUAAAAGAAUUUUUAGAGAAAGUUUUUGCACAAGAUAAACAAAUUUUUUCAAAUUGCACAAAAUGAAAGUAAACAUAUUAAUUAAUAGCAAUUAUUAGAAUAUAAUUGAGCUUAAAACAAUCAAAUAAUUUUUUUAUAAAAUUUUUUCACACCGUCAACCAAAAUAAUUUCAUUUAAUUUCAUUUCAUUAAUUAAUUAAUCAUUACUUUAGUAAAUGUGUGAUGAGCAAAAAGGAAUAGCAACACACAUACGCUUUGCCCUUACUUUACUUGUACGCGAGCGAAUGAUGCGGUCUAUCAAAUUUUUUCUUCUGCUUGCAACACCCAAAAGAACACCCUUCAGAAGUCCUAUAACGAUCAUAAUAGUUUAAGUUUCUGAGUGAAAUGUUCCACUAACCUGGCCAUCUAUUUCCCGUAUCCUUGAGACGUGCAUUUACUUUAAAUUGAAUACAAACAGCAAGACGAGACAUGCGCCAAGUCCAAGGCGAUACGUCGGGUUUCAUAAUGGACGUUCU